CAAACAAAACUUUAAAAUUUGUAAUAACUAUUUGCAGUUUUAAUUAAUUGAUUUUUAAUGGACAUUGGAGAAUGUCUUUGUCCUAUAAAAAGGACCUUAGAAAAUAAAAACGUUUUAGUUAAAAUAAUUCUUUACUACGCCAAAGUUCAAUUUCUCAAAUUAAAUGAUUCGAAUUGAAGAUGAAGAAUUUGAAGAAGUUCUCAGUUAUUCUUUACUACGAAAUGAUCUACAAACUUUGCAUCGUGUCGGCAAACCAGAUGCCAACAAAAUGUCGACUUUAAAUGAUGCUGCACGAAGAAGAGAACAGAAACGCUCAGAAAGAGCCAAACUUAAAUCGGCCAAUGGUGACCAUGUUGAGAUACAUGACCAAUUUUAUAGAGAUCAUAAGUUGUUGCUGACUCUAUUUCGAGUACUAGCCGUUAUGCCAGUCCUCAGAUCAGAACCAGGAAGGAUAUCAUUUUCAUGGAGGUCUGGUGCCACAAUGUAUGCCAUAUUUUUUUGGUGUCUUAUGACCUUGUUAGUUUUGUUUAUUGGUCGAGAACGAGUUCAAAUUUUGAUUACAACGAAAGAUUUCGAUGAAUAUAUCUACGCUAUAUUAUUUGUUAUCUAUUUAAUUCCACAUUUUUGGAUUCCAUUUGUUGGCUGGGGUGUUGCUUCACAAGUUGCCAAAUACAAGACAUCAUGGGGAACCUUUCAGCUUCGUUUUUACAAAAUCACUGGAACUUCAUUACAGUUUCCAAAUUUAAAAAUUACAAUCUAUAUCAUAUGUGUUGGAUGUUUGUUGUGUGCAAUGAUGUUCUUGUGGUUGUUGAGUAUAUUUUUGGAUGGAUAUCCCCUUUGGCAUACAUUGGCCUAUUAUCACAUUAUUAUUAUGCUUAACAUGAAUUGUGCUUUGUGGUAUAUUAAUUCGAGAGCUAUUAAGACGGCUUCACAUGCCCUAGCGAAGUGCUUCAAAGAAGACGUCACGAGGGAAUGCCAUGCUUCAAUUAUAUCUCAAUAUCGUUUUCUCUGGUUGAAUCUGAGUGAACUUCUACAAUCAUUGGGAAAUGCUUAUGCGAGGACUUAUUCUACUUAUUGCAUUUUCUUAUUUGUUAAUAUCGCCAUAGCAGUGUAUGCUGCUUUUGCAGAGAUUAUUGAUAAACCUAAUAUCUUGAGCAUUUCGUACAAAGAAAUGGGUUUUAUUGUUGAUGCUGUUUAUUGUUCAGCUCUACUUUUUAUUUUCUGCGAUUGCUCACACAAUGCCACUCUGGUUGUGUCUAAAGGUGUUCAAGAAACUUUGCUAUCAGUCGAUUUGAGAAAUGUCGAUGCCCAAGCCCAAAAGGAAAUUGAUUUAUUUAUAAUUGCCAUUGAAAUGAAUCCGGCUAUUGUGAGUUUGAAAGGUUAUGUCAACGUUAACAGGGAAUUAUUGACAUCGUCGAUUUCAACUAUAACCAUCUAUCUUCUUGUGUUAAUUCAAUUUCGAUUUACAUUGGAUCGAGGUGGAGAAGAAAAUUACUAAGAUAUUUUAUUUAUAUUUAUUUUUUCCUUAAAGGAUGGUUAAUGUUUUUGUAAACAUUAACUCACGCACAUAACAGUACAUAGUUAGUAAA